AAUUAAUCCUUAAUCAUUGACUCACAUCUACUGAAUGUCCCUCAAGUGUUAUUUUUUCCACAACAUUUACCUUAGCGUAUAUUUCAACAUGUGCUGUUCGUUUUAUGACUUCAGAGAGGAUGUGGUUAUGGUUUGACAGAAAGGAAGCUUUGCUGUAGAUGGGAAGAUAAAGCUCAAAGCACCUACGCUGCCUUUUGAACAGACUUUUUUUUUUUUUUUUUAAAUUAACUGUCUUCCUUCUUGUGUCGCUUUCUUGGACAGGCACUCGGUGCUUAGGGCAGGCAUCCCAUGUCCCAGGAGACGACCAUUUUUGGCUCAGCCAUGAAUAACUGUGUGCUCCUGGAGGAACUGCUGAUCAAAAAAUCCCAGCAGAAGAGAAGGACUUCACCCUCCAACUUUAAAGUGCGCUUCUUCGUCUUAACCAAAUCCAAGUUGGCUUACUAUGAACAUCGCCAUGGGAAGAAAAGGACUUUGAAGGGUUCUGUGGAACUUUCCAGGAUUAAAUGUGUGGAAAUUGUGAAAAGUGACAUCAUCAUUCCCUGUCAGUAUAAAUAUCCUUUCCAGAUUGUCCACGAUAACUACAUACUCUACGUGUUUGCACCCAAUCGUGAGAGCCGGCAGAGAUGGGUCUUUACGCUGAAGGAAGAAACCAGAAGCAACAACAGUUUGGUUUCAAAGUGUCAUCCAGAUUUUUGGAUAGAUGGCAGGUGGAGAUGCUGUGCUCAGACAGAGAAGAUGGCACCUGGCUGUGUGGAGUAUGACCCCACCAAAAAUGCCUCAAAGAAGCCUCUUCCUCCCACUCCUGAAGAUAACUGGAAAUUGUUGCUAGACCCAAAGGAAGCCGUAGUCAUGGCCAUAUAUGACUAUGAAGCCCAGAAUCCGCAAGAGCUGACGUUACAAUAUAAUGAGGAAUAUUAUGUGAUUGACAGCUCUGAGGAACAUUGGUGGCUGAUUCAAGAUAAGAAUGGGCAUGAAGGCUACGUGCCAAGUAGCUACCUGGCGGAAAAAUCACCUGAGAAUCUGCAAAUAUAUGAAUGGUACAAUAAGAACAUCAGCAGAAGCAAAGCAGAAACACUCCUCAGAGAUGAGGGUAGGGAAGGUGCCUUCAUGGUGAGAGAUUCGAGGCAGCCUGGCAUGUACACAGUCUCCGUUUUCACCAAAGCAUUAAGCACGGAUAACAAUCCUGUUAUAAAGCAUUAUCACAUCAAUGAGACAACUGACUUUCCCAAGCGAUAUUACUUGGCAGAAAAGCAUGUGUUUGACUGCAUCCCUGAACUCAUCAACUAUCACCAGCACAAUGCAGGAGGUCUUGUCACUCGUUUGCGGUAUGCAGUCUCUUCGUGGAGAAAAAAGGCCCCAAUCACUGCAGGGCUGAGCUAUGGAAAAUUGGUCAUUAACCACUCUGAGCUCACCCGUGUACAGGAAAUCGGCAGUGGUCAGUUUGGGGUGGUCUACCUUGGCUACUUGCUGGAGAAGACAAAAGUAGCCAUAAAGACCAUUCGUGAAGGAGCAAUGUCAGAAGAGGAUUUCAUCGAGGAAGCUAAAGUCUUGAUGAAGCUGUCUCACCCCAAGCUAGUCCAGCUUUAUGGCGUGUGCUUUGAGAAUGCUCCCAUAAGCCUGGUGUUUGAGUUCAUGGAGAACGGCUGCUUGUCCGACUACCUCAGGAGCCAGCGGGGCAGUUUUUCAAAGGAAACCCUGCUGGGGAUGUGCCAAGAUGUGUGCGAGGGAAUGGCUUAUCUGGAACAAAACUCUGUCAUCCACAGAGACCUGGCCGCUAGGAACUGCCUGGUGGGGGAAUCCCACGUGGUCAAAGUGUCUGACUUUGGGAUGUCGAGGAUUGUCCUUGAUGAUCAGUAUACCAGCUCCACAGGUACCAAGUUUCCAGUCAAGUGGUCUGCUCCAGAGGUUUUCUCCUACAGCAACUAUAGCACCAAAUCUGACGUUUGGUCAUUUGGAGUGCUGAUGUGGGAGGUCUUCAGUGAAGGUAAAAUCCCCUAUGAGAAUCGCACCAAUGGAGAAGUGGUGGAAGAAAUCAAUGCAGGAUUUCGGCUCUACAAACCCAAGCUGGCCUCCAAGGCGAUUUAUGAGGUCAUGAGCCACUGCUGGAGGAUGAGGAAAGAUGACCGGCCGUCCUUUUCUCUUCUGCUGUAUCACCUGAGUGAAAUCUCUGAGUUUGAUCUGUAAUCAUGGUACCAGCUGCUAAGCGAAGCUAAGAGAGUCCUGAGAGGUCAGAUGGCUGGAUUUUCCCUACACAAAGCAUUAACAGGAAUCCUCUCACCAUAGACACUUGCCAUAUGCCUGGGGAGAAGGAGAGGGUAGAGGCUGGUACUUCCAGACAGACAAGAUAUCCCCAGGUCUUCCAGAGCCUAGACAGACACAGGCUUUGGUUUGGCCAAGAGCGUGGUUUGCAUCUUACAAGCAUAAGCAGCAAUUGAGCACAGAGUCCUGAACCACACAAUCCAGCGAGUGUGUUUCUCCUGAAGAUACAGCCUCAAAACUAAGAGAUCUGACAUUGCUAUUCCAGUUCUGUGAACACCCAAAUGAAGGUCUUCCCUGGGGAAAAAAAACCCUGUCUUUAACUGAGGAGGAACAUUUAGACAUUUCUGUGGCUUUCUAAUUCAGAGUGGGCUGGACCUGAAAGCUCUGAACAGGAAUAAGCCUAGGACACACAGGAACAGGCUGGAUUUAGUGACUGCAUUUCUGAUGCUGAUAUUUCAAAGUGGUUUUGUUCUCCCUUUGCAUGAUUUUCUCUGAAACUGUGGCAUAACAGGAACAGGAUUCUGGUACCUGGUAAACUGAAGAGGUGUCUGCAUGUGCAUGAGAGUUUGUAAGGAAGGAAGAGAAAAAGCAACAUGUUGAAGAGUCUUGAAAUUCUCAAAUUGCAUUGUGUAGCGAGUGGGAAAAUGGGACUCUGAUGCAAAUGGAGACAUUCUUGGAGGGAGGAAGUCUAGAGAAAGUUUACAUUGUUUUUUUCUUCAGUCUUUCUACAUCAGAAGAUAAAUACAUGAUCUCCAUCCAAUUUCUUUUAAUGGAGUAUGGAGGACUGAGCAGUGCAGAGUGCUAUGUGUUUUCAGUCUAGGACAAGAUGGGAUCCCAGGAUCUGAUUAUCUGUGAAAGGUACAGGAACCUACUCCUGAAGUGGUGUGUUUGGAAGGAAGGAGCCAGAGGGCUCAGAAAGGUAGCCACUAGGAGAAAACAUGCAGAAUAUGUGCUCGGUGCAUCAGUGAUAAUGAGAAGAGUUUUCUCCUACUUCAAAGAGUAAAUGCAUCAUCACAAGUAAAGACUUUGCCAUCUCUUCUGUGAACGAAGGGACUGAUCAAAGAAAAAGUUCUAUGUGAAUGGACAGACUGCCUGGGUACUUACUGCACGAGGAGUUCCACAUUACGUGGUGACAGCAGAAGAAGGUACAAACAAUAUCCAUCUCCUGGUAUUUCAAUUAAAAUAUAUAUUUUCACCAGAAGACAGAGACACUGUUUUGACAUAACUGACCUCAAAACCAAAAGUGUGCGUGUUGGUGUCCUGCAGAACUUGUAAAUAAGAUUAGGACUUUCUGCUAAGCAUUAACCAUAACUAGAGAAGUCAAGGAGACUCACAGAUGAUAUGUGCACAUAUGCAGUAUGUAUUUUUCAUACUUCUCUGUUUGGGCAGGUGAGAACAUGAGUAAACCUUACGUGACAGCAGUUUACAAAAACUCUGAGGUGCAAACUUCCAGCAGCACUCUCUCCCAUCAUUACAGAAGUCAGGUUCAAAUAUGUCUGCCAACAAAAAUGGAACAAGGAAAUAACGUAAUCCCAUGAUCUCACAUAUCCUGUGUCAAACUAUUUCUUCAUAGAAGGAGGCUUAAUUUUUGGUAUUUUUCAGACCCAUGGUUCUAGGGCAGCUUUUAGGAGCCAGAAUAUAUUUUCAGGUAUAUGGAUAAGGGCAAGGCAUUAGUUCCUGCCUUAUACAUCUUCCCACUUUGCUUUGAUUCCACAUUAUUUUAGAAUCAUUUUCUUUGGUUUAGUCCUACAAAUAUCAUGCAGAAUGACUCUCCCAGGCAAGCGGAAUCCUAACAUUCAGACCAGAGGUUGUCAAUCCUAAAUGCAGGAUCAGAGUGCUACCUUCAAAUCAGGAUUGCUGCCAAAAUCUCUCAGUAGUCUGAACUAAUAUGUGGAAUAUGAGCAUCUAUAAACAGAUUUUGAAUUCUUGCCUGCAGUUAAUUUAAGCUAAGUUUCUCUUUGUCCCUCUCAUCCUUUAGUCUGACUUAGCCUGUUGUCACAUUGUGGUGAUGCUAAACUUGGCAUUUAGCCAGUGAAGUUUUCAGGAGCCCUAACCAUGUUAAACUGCACAUCUACAGCUAAAUUUGAGGAUAGCUGGCCAUAACCCUAUUUUCUCCCCUCUCAAUUGCACUUAGACAAUCCAUACAACCACAGGAUGCUCUGAAAUUAUUCUUCCCUGAGCACAGACACUCUGUGGCAGGGGUAUCUGCAGGCUCACAAAGUUGAGCUUCUGGCUUGCUGCCCCCUCCAUCCUUGGAGGAAUCAGGGGUCUGUCAAGCUUGAGGAGGUUGCUAUUAAGUAGCAGCAUUAUUGCUCCGCCAAGUAAUAUUUCUGAGAUUAUAUUUAUAUUUGAAUGAGAUAAGUGUAAUAUUUAUUAGCUACCAGGUGUUGCACAAAAUAAUAUUGUGAUGUUUUAUGUUCAGUUUUCUUUUGCAGUAUUUCUAUGUACGCGAUACGUAUUUUUACAAAUAAUAAAA